AUGGGAAGUUGCCAGUGUCGCAAAUUUUGUGAAUCUGAUCCAAUCAAUUCCAAUCUACACUUACAAGAAAUUGCUACAAAUGAUGAUUAUAGGGUUAAUAAUUAGGAAGGAGCAGCUAAAGAUUUGUUCAUAAAGAUAAAGACUUGGCAAAAAGAAUCAUUUUCACUUUUUGAUUAUGAAAACUAGAGUCAUUUAAAAGAGUAGAACUUUUAAGUAAAUGGAUUAAUUAUAAAAGAUAAGUAAGGGAGGGUACUUAAUUAAAAAUAAUAACGAAUUAUAAUGGAUUGAUGAUGAUGUAGAUUGGAAUAAGAGUGUAAUUAAAUAGGAACAAAUUCUAUUCAGAAUUGAUAAAAAUGAAGGAAUUUUCAGUAUAAUAAAUAAAAGAGGAGAAUGUAAAUAAAACUAUGAAGAUGACAAGUAAGAAUAAACUACUAAGUAUCAUGGAGAUAAUAAAGACUUUUAAUAAUCAGAAAAUCUGGAUUAAUUGGAAGGGGAUGAAUUUCAUUAACCUAAUGACAUAAUUAAGAAGUAUAGUCAUCAUCAAAAAAUCAGUAUGAGUUAGAGAACUAAUACUAAAUUGAUGGAAAAAGGAAGUAAAUUGUGGCUGGUGGUAAGAUCUAUCCAGUAAAUGAUGAGUAACAAUGGAAUUAAAUUAAAGGAAGGAGAUGUCAUAAAGAUGGGGAGAGUGAAAUUCAAAAUCCGAGAAAUUCAGUUAAACUAAAGAUAAUUAAUGUAAUCUUUCUCUUUUUAUUGAAAGACAAGAUUCAGAUUCUGCAAAAUCUAGUUAAACUGAUGCUAUUACAUGCAGAGUCUGUUGCAGUAGUGCAUAUAGCAGAUCUAACCCACUUGUAAAUCCAUGCAAAUGUACUGGCUCUAUUAAAUAUAUACAUCUGAACUGUUUAAAAAAAUGGUUAAAGUCUAAAUUCCAAACCAAAUAAAGUGAUCACUGUAUCAUUUAUAUGUGGAAGAAUUUGGAAUGUGAAUUAUGUAAAUUUAAUUACCCACCCAUUUUCAAAAGUGAUGAAGGAGUAUUUGAUUUAAUAGAAUUGAGUAAACCUACUGAAUAUCCGUAUAUUCUGAUGGAAAUCACUCAGAAACGAUAUGAAGUAUUUUAUAAUUUCGAUAAUCAAAUAGGAAAUGUAAGAAAACAACAUGAGUGAUGAUACUUAAUGGAAUUAAUGUAAUGGAGUCUAUAUUGUUUCUUUUGAUAAUAAUAAUGGUGAAGUCAAAAAUGGCAGAACCAAUGAAUUAAAAAUAGGCAGAGCGAAUGAAACUGAAAUUCGAGUGAAUGAUAUAUCAGUAAGCAGAAAUCAUGGAACACUUAAAUUAAUAGAUGGAUAAAUUUAUUUAACCGAUAAUAAAUCAAAGUUUGGAACAUUAAUUCUCAUUCAAUAGGGUGUAAUUCCCUUAAUUCCAGAACUGAAUGGUAUAGAAAUACAAGUUGGCCGAAGUGUUUUAUAAUUUACUCUUGGCAAUAACAAUGCCAAUUAGUAAUCAUAAUAAUAAUAAUACUUAGAAUCUGAAAUUUUCGAGUAAUUUGUUUGUAAUAUCAUAGUAAAAUAAUUGGUAGAAACUUUGAGGAUGAAGAAUUGGAUUAUCUUUAAUGA